GUACAUGCGUGCCAAGAGUUUAGCGCCGCCAAAUGGCUUGGCAGAGAGUGAGUCAACACCAGACACGCGCAAAUUACAUAUGGAUGUACCGGUUGGUCGGAGGACGUCUAUGGCUUCAUUGUGCAGUCUGAUGAUUGAGAGACCUGAUAGCGAGUUCACUUUGGGUCCAUUGGAGAAAGGCCGCAACUGCUGGAGCGAACCUCCGGCUACGAGCUUCCCGGUGCGCGGGAAAAAGUAUAUGACCGACAAGAAGAAGUACAAUUCGGCGGAAUCUAUGUUCAUUCUGGUCGAUGUAGAUAUCUUCCGCUCUACCACACCCGGACGGUUUACAGAGUUUGCCAGCAGUGGUGUCAGCUACAUCGACUAUGCUACAGCACAUGGAGAAACCCGGUUCAUGGUGUGCAUGCACUUUCAAUCCAACACGUACAACAUGGUUUGUACCUGGGUUGUGGAUCCUGCGAGGUACGUGCCGUAUUGA